CAGCCACUGUGGCCCUCCAGGACCGGAGUUGGGGACCCCCGUACUAGAGAAUAACCAGAUUACUCAUUACCCAUUUAAAACGCCAAAUUGUUCCUUCCAAUUUGAGAUUCGUGAUGGAGUAUGUCAUGGAUUAUACAGAUUUCUAAUGCGUAUCUUGUAAUCCGAAAGCAUCAAUAAACAGAUCCAUUGCAAGCAGAUCUGUCGUUUCCGAUUUCCCAAAGUAAAGACCAUUUCGACUCCUUUCACAACUCGCCCACCCCGAACCCUCCACCUUCUGAAGUCGCGUUUCUCCGUCGGUUUCCGGACUCAGCCUCACUCACUCCGCCCCACUUCCCCGCUACGUGGUGCUUCCUAAAGUUCCUACAGAUGUUGUAAAUGGUUUUAGGUGGCUGGGACGCGAGCGCCGAAUUAUGUUUUAAAUUUUUAACAUUCGUUUGUGGACGACGUCUCUGUACAAAACGACAGUAACGAUAACGUUAAGCGAAGCGCGUUAUUUUAAAAGUAACUCCCCUUUAGUCUGCUUCUAACUUGUAAAAACUUUUUUCUGUUUCCCCCCCCACCACCUCAGCCUUUGCUGUAUCUCGGCCUUAUAGUUGGAGACUGGUGUAAAAAUCAUGCCGAGCAACGAGGUGAAACAAAGAAAGAAAAAUACCGGAGCCAGCAGGCAGACCGAGGAGCUGAAGGAGAGCUUGGCGUCUACGCAGGAAAAGGCGUCGAGGAGUGAGGACGGCGUGCCGGUGAGCCGCACGCAGGGGCCGGGAAUGUUCGUGAGCGCCGUUGUGCUGCUGCUGCUGCCCUCCUUGAUGUGCCUUGGUCUUGGCUGGAUCACCUUCCAGCAGUCUUACAAGUUUGCCAGUGUUGAAGAAAAAUACAAUUUGUUGUUCAAGAAAACUGAAUCUCUGCAAAAUCUUGAAAAUGAAUUAAGUCAAAUUUCAAAAAAGUAUGAAAACGUCCAUGUACUUCUGUUGCAACUAAAGAGCAGUGCCUUGUUUAGUCAAAUUGAACGACUGGAACAAGAUACUGGUGAUCUGAAAGCAUGGAUAUCGGGUAUAUCAGAGAAGAGAACUGAACUACAACAAAAUCUGACCUCUCUGUCUGAAGCUGUCGGAAAAAUAGAAGGAAGCACAGCUUUAAUUGCAAAAGACAUGCAACUGAAAGUAUCGACUGUUAAGACUGAUAUUCGGAGAAUAUCUGGUCUCGAAUCCGAUAUCUCAUCUUUGGUAGACUCAACCCAGCAACUAGAAGAGAAAAUCACAAUUACAGAGAAACUAAUGACUCAGAAGAUUGGUGGCCUUUUAGUAGGAAGUAUUGACCGAAUAUCAGAAGUCAAAAAUGCUGCUUCUAAAAAUACAGACAAACUUGACAUUUUGAAGAAAAAAUUGGCAGAGCUCAAAGCUGAAGAUGAGAAACACUCUGAGAAACUUUCAGUGUUGGAAAAUGGACGAGCAAAACUGAUUAAAACUGUGACAUUUGCCAAUGAACUGAAACCAAAGAUUUUUACUAUUAAAAAAGACGUAGCCCUCUUGGAGCCCCAGCUGACAGACUUGACCCAGAGAAUUGGUAGGCUGGCUUCUGAUCUCUUAGAAAAAGAAAAAGAAAUCUCAUUACUAAAAGAGACCUUUCAUAAUUUGACACUUGCUGAAUCUGAACUCCAAAAUGUAAAGCAGCAACUGAACGAUGUAACAGAAGUAUUGUCAUAAGCGGUGAUCCUCUCAUAAUGGGAGCACAGAAUUUUUACUUAGAUUUCUUCUUAGGGUGUCAUGGUGGCACAGUGGCUAGCGCUAUCAGAUUGUGACUUCAGUGACUUGAGUUCUGUUCUGGCCAGGUCAUUUUCUGUGAGGAGUUUUCACUUUCGCUCGGUGUCCACAAAGGCCUUCCUCAGUUCCACUGGUUUUGUCCCAGAAAUGUUUGAUAGGCUCACUGAUGAUUGUAAAUGUUUGCGGCACGAGUGUACAUGUCUGUGUAUGAGAGUGCAGUGUGAUGGACUAAUCUUAUACAUUGUUAGAAAAUUAAUGGAUAUUUUUGUAUAGAUGUGGAGAUAUACAGUACAUGCAAGAUUAUAUAAUACAAUUUUAACAUUAUUGCUGGACAAUCCAAAUUUUUAUAAAGUGUUGCUAGUUCAAUUAUGCAUUACAUUUUAAUUUCAUUUUCAAUUCCGUUUCUGAUAAUUUUUUUGUUUCACAUUUACAAAGUGAGAUGUAUUUUUAUAUUUGAUCGACUAUAAUAGCUUUUAGUAGGAUUUAACGCUUGCUAAUAAAACAGGAAGUCUGCAUCCUAAAACAUUGGUGUCAUCAUUGGUCCUAAAAUGGAAUUAAAUCUGCAACUUAAUGCAGAAACGGUGGAAGAGCAAUCAAUAGCUUCAUGAACUAAAGCAGUGGCACUCUCACCCGGAAGACAGCUGUGCACAGUGAUGGACUGUAUGUGCAGUGCUCAUUAAAUACAUGUAUUGGUGUCAGCGGCAGGAUAUUUUUAAUCAUACUUUGAAAAAAGCUCAGUAUACUGAAUGAGUGGAUGAAUAGACAAAUGAUGAAUCAGAUGUUAAUGGACAGAAAAAAUAGAAAAGAGUCAUCAAAUCAACUGGAAUCAAAGGGCGGUUAUGCCAAUGGAGACUGACAAUGUUGCUUUAGUCAAUGAUACAAUUGAAAUAUCACUUUUAUUGAAGCAACCUGUAGAAUUCUCUAAAAUGGAUGUGUAUGCUUCAGUUGAAUUUUUACUUUAAUGCUUCUUGCAUUUUCUUACUGGAAUGCAGAAUGUGCUGCUAUUUCUAUAAGAGAGUGAUGAAUGCUUGCCCAAUAAAUAAGUUGUCAUGCUGUAUGAAAAUUGUUUUGACAAGGUAAUAACUGCCUAUUUUUAAUUUUCUUUUUUCUCCAGUUAACCAUAUUAGAAACUUCCAUGUGUGCACUCUGUUUUAAUAAAGAGUUUAGCAAGAAGUACACAGGUUUGU